AUGAUACGAUUAGGUUUAAAUUUGAUAAUAGCGUGGAUAACAAUUUUUUCGGUAUGUCUUGGAAUUUUUACAUAUAAUGAAACUAAUACAUACUCCACACCACCACGGAUAUGGCAACACGGGGAAUAUAUCGAUGGGACAGUGGUUCUUCGAAUUAUUAGUAGUGAUCCUAAUAAAACGUCUACAUCUACUACUGGAGUGUGGACAAAACCAGUGUUGUCUUUACGCAUUAUUCAUCCCAAUGGAACAGUCAAUGAAAAAGACAUAGACAAAGACCUAGAGAUUCAAGAAUUUAACUGGUUCAUUUUUACAAUUCCUGAUGUUACUGAUAACCAGGACCCUAUAAAUGUAUAUGCGCUUCAAAGGGGCUACUUAAUUGUUAGAUACUUUAGAGCUUCAAAUACGACCGAUAUUACAACUUACGAAGAAUGGGGACGUAUUAUUGAUUGGAAUGGCAAUUUAUAUAAGAAUGGUAUAUGGUACCCAUCAUUAACGGCGAUAGUAACUAACGUUGAUCCAUCAAAAGGUUUUAUAAGGACAGCUGCGGAGAAUGCAACUUAUGUCGAGUGGCAACAAUAUAUGAUUGGAACUUCUGCAGUAAUUAAUAUCAUAGCUACUGUUGACGAGGGUUAUAGUAUAAUUAUGGGAAAUUCCAUCAACUCCACUAAUUCCGACAAUCUUUUGGAAAUUUACGCCACGGUGCAUUAUUUAAAAAUAGGAUAUAAUGGUACACAAUUUGAUACACCAAAAUUGCUUUAUCAAUCAUCCCUUCCUAAUAUUACAAUAUCUCGUAUGUUUUGUGGAUUUUCAAGUACUCAAGUUUGUAUACUUAACGUCAUACAGACACAGAACAAUGGAACACAGAGCAAUGUCAAAAAUUAUUAUGUGAAACUUGAUUUCUUAUCAUCUGGUUCUGUUAUAAAAAUUACCCCAUUAAUCAGCUUACCCAAUUUACCCUUAAAUUAUACUACAGGAUGGCAAGUGGAAAGUAUUCCUUAUGGUGGUUAUUUAUUUUAUGGUUAUUUUCAGGAUGCAAACGGUCGUAACAAUGCUUAUGGAUACUAUUAUAACGAAAUCGAAGAUUAUUAUAAGGAAUGGGAUUUUCCUGAACCAUCAGUUUUAAAUUCGCGAGGAACUUUGAUAAUUAUGCCUAAUAAUACUCUAUUAGUAUCACUAAGAGAAAAUAAUAAUACAUGGAGUUUUAAUACCACUGAUAUUCCUAACUACUCAGGGCUUUCGGAUAAUGGUUAUUUAAAUCUUCUAGUAAAUUCUACAAGUCCCCGAAUUAAUUCUAAUAUAACAAAGGAUACGAAGAAUAUUACAAUCACAUAUCAUGAACCAGUAGAACUUUCUGAUGGAUUUAUUUGGAUCUAUCGAAUUGUUGACAAAUUUACUACUCAAAACGUUACUCGACAAUUUGUUAAUGGCAACAUUGAUGAAUUUUGUUCCAUCUCUGAUGAUGGAUUAACUGUAAUUGUAGAAGUUAUCAGAAGUACCUUUAGUUAUCCUAAUAGCCAAUAUUAUGUUAAAGUUGAUAAUAAUUUUGUAAGAAGCAAAUUAUUCGGUGAACCCUUAAUGGGUAUAGAUGAUAAUAUUUGGAAAUUUUAUACAAGUUUUAUUGAAGAACCUUUUGCAGGCACAACAUCUGGAGCGAUGCGUUUGACUGCAGAAGGCACCCUACAUUACUAUAAUCUUAAUUCAACUAGAAAAAAUAAUUUCUUUCAAGAUAUAAUAAUUGAAUUAUCUAAAAUUCUUUCUAUUAGUUCUAAUCGACUAAGUACAAGUGAGAAAAUCCAAGUUGAUAACGUAAAUUCUCAAAUAUUUAUUGAACUUAGAAUUCAAUCAUCCAGAACUGAAAGAAGUGUAAAAUCUAUUAUGGAUGAUUUAAAUGAGAUGAUUAAAUAUAAAAGAAUAACUUCCAUUAGUUUAUUUCCUAACACGCAUUAUUUAGAUAAAGAUUAUGGAUUUGUACCAAGUCAAAACUUAUGGGAAAAAUACAAGUUGACAUUUGUGGUUGCUAUGUCAGCACUUGGAAUUUUAGUAGUUCUUUUCUUAUUGGCAUAUAAAAAGAUCGAAAGUAAAAAUGGUAAAGAUGUUAAAGAAUUAUAUAUUCCAAGGUAA